AUGGUUCCGAUUGCUGGCAUCACCUUGGCAACUUCUCCUGGAUUUCAGCUAAACAUUGACACUCUUGCCUUCGUGUCUCUGAAGAACGCAAAGCUCUAUCCUGCCAACAUGAAUACGAGACAGCUUCCGCUGUUAUGCAGUGUGCUUGGGCAACUACGCUGCCGAUCGGUAGUCAUAGGGAUACUGGAAAGCAUUACGGCGAGCACUCCACAGCAACGGAUGAUUUCACGUGGAUUGGAGGCCGCUCUGCCCACUUUGAUUGUGGAACUGAUGGAGAUCACAGAGAAGCAGGAGAGACUGGAUUGGGUCUUAUCCACAUUUGAACAUCUCACCGACGUUGUUGUCCAGUUUGUCAGCGAUUGCAACAUACAUCUGAGCCAAGUGCUCAUUGAUCUCAAUUCAAAGCUCGCCGAUCGUCGAUGGCCGAAGUCGCGCGAUUACGUUAUGUGGUUGGCGCUCAACAUCACGUCUGGUUUCAUUAAAAAAAACAAGGUGAGACAAGGUCAUCUAGUCACCAAAAUUCCUUUUCCUUCCAAGAGCUCCGUCAAAAUGUCCAAGGCUUUGGUCUAA